GACCAACAGGAGGAUUCGGGUAAACAGAUUAAUAUAUGAAAAUAUGCUGCCAAUGAGAUGCGGGGAUUAAUUUUGACAUUUGCUUUAGAAGAGGUUUGUUGUGUCUGCGCCAAACGCCCUGCGGGUGAACAGCAAGGAGAACGUGUUUGUGGAGGCGCAGGAGUAUACAGGAGAGCAUUUUGAUGUUGAAAUCCUGGUGAGAGACUUCCCAGCCAAAAGCAGGGAAAUAUUCUCCAAAACAGUGACCUUCAACGCAACUAACAACUUUCAGGCUUUGCAAGAAAUUUUUUUCAUUACAGGAUUUUUGCCCUGAACCCUGGUCUGGAGCCAGUUGCAAGUGGUGUUUCUUUGGCAAUAAUGUUAAUACCUACAAGGCAAGCAGGAUGCACAUGGACAUGUUGCGACUGGCUAUACUGGCUCUCUCUCUCCCCACAGCCUCUGAAUGUGGCCCACUGUUUGUUGUGUCUGCGCCAAACGCCCUGCGGGUGAACAGCAAGGAGAACGUGUUUGUGGAGGCGCAGGAGUAUACAGGAGAGCAUUUUGAUGUAGAAAUCCUGGUGAGAGACUUCCCAGCCAAAAGCAGGGAGAUAUUCUCCAAAACAGUGACCCUCAACGCAACUAACAACUUUCAGGCUUUGCAAGAAAUUUUUAUCUCUGGUGAUUUUUUUGAAGAGACAUAUAUCAAACAGUAUGUCUACUUGGAAGCGAAAUUUCCCGAGCAGGACCUCGCAAAGAUUAUUCUGGUCUCCUUCCUUUCUGGUUACAUAUUUGUGCAGACCGAUAAGACCCUCUAUACUCCAGAAGACACAGUUCAUUACAGGAUUUUUGCCCUGAACCCCGGUCUGGAGCCAGUUGCAAGUGGUGUUUCUUUGGCAAUAAUGUCUCCUGAGGGAAUCACUGUUCAGAAAGAUGUGGUUCAUCCUGACGACGGCCUCAAAUCAGGACAGUACAAGCUCCCACAGAUUGCUAGUGUUGGGACCUGGAAGGUGGUAUCCAGGUUCCAAGACACCCCAGAGAAGAAUUUUACCUCUGAUUUUGAGGUCAAGAAAUAUGUGCUGCCAAGCUUUGGGAUCCGGCUGACACCAGACAAACCUUUUUUCUACACUGACGAUGCUGAGCUGUCAGUCGACAUAACUGCCCGGUACCUGUACGGAAAGGAUGUUUCUGGGAAAGCGUUUGUGGUCUUCGGUGUGCUGACCGAGGAUGGUGAGAAGAAGAGUAUCCCUGCCUCUCUGCAGAGACUGAAUGUUGUCUCAGGAAACUGCAAGUCUACCCUAAAAAGAGAACAAAUUCUGAAGACCUUCCCAGACAUCAGACAGCUAAUCAAGCUGUCUUUCUAUGUGUCCGUCAGCAUCCUGACCGACAGCGGCAGUGAAAUGGUGGAGGCAGAGAAAAGGGGGAUCCUGAUAGUGACCUCACCCUACACCAUCCACUUCAAGAAGACCCCCACCUAUUUUAAACCAGGAAUGCCUUUUGCUGUUUUGAUUUACAUCACCAACCCAGACGACUCUCCUGCCGAGAACAUUGAUGUGGAGGUGAUGCCAGGGGCGGUUUUGGGCAGGACAAACAAAAACGGAAUCGCCAAGAUUACCAUCAACACUGAAGAAGAGAAAACUUCUCUCUCAAUCACAGUCAAAACAAAGGAUCCUUACCUGACUGAGGAGCAGCAGACUGUCGAGCGUAUGGUAGCCCAGCCCUAUAAGACACGACAAGGCUCAAAAAACUACCUUCAUAUGAGCAUCCAAGCAGCUGAAGUCAAGAUUGGAGACAACCUGGGCAUCAGCCUCUACCUUGUGAACAGCCCAGGGGUUCAGGAACACAUAAGCAAUCUCACAUACCUGGUAAUGAACAAAGGACGGCUCAUUCGUGCAGAGAGAUUUGAGAGACUGAGUGGACAGGCAAUAGCGAUCUUAUCACUGCCAGUGACCAAAGACAUGGUCCCCUCCUUUCGAUUAUUGGCGUACUACCAUGUGGGCAUGGAAGUUGUUGCAGACUCUGUAUGGGUGGACGUAAAAGACACUUGCAUGGGAAUGCUUGAAGUCACCUCCACAAAACCAAGGGAUGUCUAUGAGCCACGCAAGCCCUUCAGCUUGACCAUCACUGGUGACCCUGGGGCAAAGGUGGGACUGGUGGCCGUGGACAAGGGUGUCCACAUCCUGAACCGUAAGAAAAGGCUGACGCAGGCUAAGAUCUGGGAAGUCACUGAGAGGCAGGAUACUGGCUGUACGCCUGGGAGUGGUGCUGACAGCAUGGCAGUGUUUUACGACGCUGGACUUGCGUUUGAAUCCAGUGCCGGUGGGACCAAUUACCGAACAGACCCCAACUGUCCCACUCACUCUAAGAGUCGCCAAAGGCGUUCACAAACAUCGACUGAGUUGGAAAGCUCAUUAGCGGGGGAAUACACUGAUCUGGAAAGGCUGUGCUGCAUGGACGGAAUGGCUGACAAUCUGCAAGGGUACACGUGUGAACGGCGGUCCCGGCACAUUAUCGAUGGGCAGGAGUGCAUUCAAGCAUUUUUGCACUGUUGCACAGAGGUGGAAAAAAGACACCAAGACUACAGGCUGGAAGCCCUCCUGCUCGCACACAGUGAGGACAAGGAUGACGAAUACAUUAGUGACUUCGAGAUAAAUUCGCGCACGCAGUUCCCCGAGAGCUGGCUAUGGGGGGUGGAGACACUGCCACCGUGCCCAGCAGAAGUGAGGGAAUGUCAGUCCACCUCAAUCGUAACAACCGGCUACCUGAAGGACUCCAUCACCACCUGGGAGGUCACCGCUAUCAGCCUGUCCAAAGACUACGGAAUCUGUGUGGCGGAUCCCUUCGAGAUGAGGGUGACGAAAUCCUUCUUCGUCGACCUGGAGUUGCCCGACGCCGCGGUGCGCAACGAGCAGCUGGAAGUCAGGGCGGUGCUUCACAACCACGCCGACGAGAAAAUAAAGGUGCAAGUGGACCUGAUGGAGACGCCGCAGGUGUGCAGCGCGGCCAGCAAGAAGAGGAAGUACCGCGCGCCAGAGGUGUACGUGGACCCCAUGUCUUCAAACACCACCUCGUUUGUCGUCAUCCCGCUGGCCCUGGGUUUGCACUCCAUCGAGGUUAAAGCCGCCGUCUCCGAUUCGGUACAGACAGAUGGCGUGAAGAAGGACCUCCAUGUGGUGGCCGAAGGUGUGAAAAUUAAAAAGGAGGUUAUAACCCUGGUCCUGAAUCCAUCGGCACACGAUGGAGCCCAGACUCAGAAAAUUAAUGCCGUGAAGCUAUCAUCCAGGGUGCCAGGUUCUCCCGCUCACACGUACAUCAGCGUGACAGGCGACCAGCUGAGUCAGGCCGUCCAGGAAGCCAUCAGCGGUUCCCCCAUGGGCCACCUCAUAGCUCAGCCCAAAGGCAAUGGCGAGCACAACAUCAUCGGCAUGACAGGGCCAGUCAUCGCAACGCACUACCUGGACACCACCCACCAGUGGGAGAAAGUGGGCAUCGGGCGCAGAGCCUUCGCCCUGAAAUACAUCACAACGGGGUACACUCAGCAGAUGCACUAUCGUAAACCUGAUGGCUCAUAUAGCGUUUGGAAAGACAAGAAAUCUAGCACCUGGCUGACAGCGUACGUGGCCAAAGUGUUUGGUCUGGCGUACAAACUCGUCACCAUUCGGGAAGAUGUGCUCUGCAGCGCCCUCAAGUGGCUGGCCCUGAACACGCAGCAGCCAGGUGGCUUUUUCAAAGAGUAUACCCCAGUCUACUACACAGAGAUGAUGGGUGGCGUGCACGGGAAAGACAGCGACGCCUCGUUGACCGCGUUCGUCCUCGUCGCCAUGCAGGAAUCCCGCCGCUUGUGCGUCGAGACGAGUCUGACAGACAGCAUGAAGGAAGCCAGCAAGUUCCUGUCCCGGAGGAUCCACAGCCUGACCAACCCCUAUGCAGUGGCCCUCACUGCUUACGCUCUGAGCAAUGAGGGGAACCACCAGCUGGACAUCCUGAACCGCUUCUCAUUUGAAAAAACAUACUGGCCCGUCCCCGGAAGUCACCUCUUCACCCUCGAGGCUACGGGCUAUGCACUGCUGGCCUUGGUGAAGGCCAAGGAGUUUAACCAGGCUCGACACGUCAUCAGGUGGUUGACAAAACAUAAGUUUCACAGCAGAGGACUCCGGUAUGCUCAGGCAACCAUCAUAGUUUUCCAGGCUGUGGCAAUGUACAUGACGGAAGUAUCCGGUGUGAAAAGCAUUGACUUGCAAGUGAGUCUCGGUGUGGCCAGCCGUAGCAAACCCGUCAAGUGGACAUUCAACUGGGGCAACGCUCACCUCACCCGCACGGAGAGGAUUCAUUUUGAUGAAAACCUGAGUGUCACUGCCAAAGGAACAGGCCAAGGGACGUUGUCGGUGAUGACGAUAUACAACGCUUUUCCUGAGGAAGAGGAGCCGGAGUGCCUGAACUUUGAACUGGAGGUGAAGCUAGUGAAGGAACCUACUGUUACCAAGGACAACACUCUGGAAACGUACAAGCUCACUAUUGAGAUGAUACACCGGCCCCCCUACAGAGAUGCCACCAUGUUUAUCCUGGAUGUUACCAUGCUCACAGGCUUCAUUCCAGAUGAGAAGGACCUCGAGAAGUUAACCACAGGAAGGGACAGAUACAUCCAGAAGAUCGAGAUGGACAAACAGCUAUCUGAAAAGGGCUCCCUCAUUUUCUACCUGGAUAAGCUUUCCCACCCUCUGUCUGACAGAGUGGUCUUCAGGAUACAUAAGAUGAACAGAGUGGGUCUGCUUCAGCCAGCUGCUGUUACUCUGUAUGAGUACAACUCCAUGGAAAGCCGCUGCACAAAGUUUUAUCACCCGGAGAAGAAGGAUGGGGCCCUGAACAGGAUCUGCCACGAGAAUGUAUGCCACUGUGCAGAAGAAAACUGCAGCUACCAGAAGAAGAAUAAUGUGGAUGAACUGGACCGUGAGACUGCAGCCUGCGAGGCCGGGAUGGAUUACGUGUACAAAGCCAAAGUGCUCCACGCUCAUCUGUCUCCCACCACAGACCGCUUCACUGUCCUUGUGGAGGAUGUCAUCAAAGAAGGCACUGACUCCGGGGUAAGGGGCGAAAAUCGUACGUUUGUGGCCCAUCCCCAGUGCAGAGAGGCCAUCGACCUGACAGAAGGAAAGACCUACCUGAUCAUGGGCAAGUCUGUGGAUCUCAUCAUUGGAGGGGACGGGAUGAUAUACAUGCUGGGCAGGGGCACCUGGAUUGAAUACUGCCCCAUGGAGGUGGAGUGCCUGAGGCCUGUUCGCUGGUGUCAGGAAUAAUGCUGAAUGAUAACGUUCCUCCAACAAAACAUCUCCACCAUUAUAAUUUACAAACACUACAUUACAUUACAUGUCAUUUUGGCUGAGGUUUAUCCAAAUCGACUUCCCGUUGAUUAGACUAAGCAGGAGGCCCAACGACUGUGGCUACACCGGGGAUCGAACCACCGACCUUGUGGGUCAUGUAUCUUCACCACCACGCUACAGGCUGCCCCGGCACUAUAAACAAACAAAGAGCAGGGCGGCCUGUAUUUCAGUAUUGUACCUGGGUGUUGACUAUUGUCUGUGACAGCCGGGGGUUGCACGUUGGUGGCAUUCGAUCAUGUCAACCACAACACUCCGAUUCGAAUCAGAAGCAGACGAUCUCUGGACGGUACAGUUAAGCUGCAUUGGUCAGAAUGUAAUUCUGUGGAGUCAGAUUACUGCACAACAGGACCUGAAUGCCACCAAAUAAAUAUUUAAAUAAAAUGAUUGACUGGAAUUCUUUAUAAAGAAUGUGUAUACUGUGUGCCCAAAUGAUACUGGACCAGGACAUAGUGGUGGUCUCAAGCUAUGUGGUGUUGGGCCCAUUCAUUACAUUACAUUAUUGGCAUUUUGGCAGAUGCUCUUAUCCAGAGCGACAUACAGUUGAUUAGACUAAGCAGGAGACAAUCCUCCCCUGCAAUGCAGGGUUAAGGCCCUUGCUCAAGGGCCCAACAGCUGUGUGGAUCUUAUUGUGGCUACACCGGGAU